UUAAAUAGAGUUGCACAACAGAGCCGGAGCAAGAUUUUGUUUUUUUGUUAAUUAAAUUGGAAAUAAAAUGCUGCGUGCCGGCUGUCAACUUCUUACCCAGACUACCCUGCCCGCCGGAAAGUCGAGCGGCAGCGGUUUCGCUCUAGAAUUCGUCCGCUGGCGGAGGAAGCCGCGCUGGCUGCCGGUGGCCAAGAGCAAGAUGUUCCGCGUGCCCGAACGCAAGAAGCAAUCGGAUGAGGAACGCACCGAGCUGAUGCGGCUGCACAAUCAGUACAAAACCCAACUCCGAUCGGUACGCCAGUUUCUGCGAGAGGAAGUAGUGCGGCAUGAGGAAACCUCCACUGCGGAUCACAUAGUUCUGACCCCGGAACAAGAGGAGUCCGAGUUCCUCAAGUGCGUGGACAUCAACGCGACCUGGAAUGCAAAAAUUGCCAAGGAGCGAGACCAGCGGCUGGCCAAGGAACGCGAGGAAAAGGUGGUCUAUGUGCAGGAACGACUGGAGGCGCGUCAGCUGCGCGAAGAGGAACGUAGGGAGCAGGCUAACCUGCGUGUUCUGCGUGAGAUCGAGUCUUCCAAAACGUUCAUCACCAGGGAAAACCUGGACGCCGCCAUUGAGACAGCCCUGGCCAAUCCUGUGGAUCACAACUUUGCCAUCGACUUGGCCGGAAACCUUUACCGAGGACGCAAUUCCUCCCAAGUUCCAGAAGCCACUCCCUCAUCCGACCAGCAAGCCUUGAGUAAUUAAUAGAUUGUCUUAGUUUCUGGUUACAUUAAAAGUGCUUUUUUAGCUUAAA